UGCAGAAGCUUUACUCCUUUGGAAAGUUUUACAUAUGGCAGCUGUUAUACUUUUAAUGGACGUUGGAUGAAUUCUAGAGGACAAGAAGAUAUGGGGAGAAGGAAAAGAAAGAAAUUUAUAGAUGAUGGAAACGAAAAAUUGAUUUCUAGAUCUACGAAUCCCUUCUCUGGGUUAUCUUUAACUCUAAACGUUCAGAUAGAAGAGUAUUUAUCAAUAACAUCUAAAAUGGGAGUUCACGUAAUAAUUCAUUCACCAGACGAACGACCUUAUCCAGAAGAAACAGGCAUCGACAUUAGUACUGGAUUUGAUACUGCUUUUGCCAUUCAAGAGAAUCUUUACAGAAGAAUGUCUAAACCAUUUAAAGAUAAGUGUGUUCUUUACGGUAAAGAUGAUUUUAAGAAAAUAAAAAGUCAAAAGGAAUGUCUUUCAUUAUGCACUAGAGAUCUGAUUAAAAAAGAAUGUGGUUGUUUGGAUCCUACUUUGAAAUUUUACAGAAACGUAACAUUUUGCGAUUUGACUAAGGAAGAAGAUGCAUGCUGCAUGAUGAAAAUGAGAAAAGUGAAUAUUUCUUACUGCCAGUGUCCUCUACCUUGUCAUGAAAUUACGUAUGAUGUAAGUCUUUAUUCGACAAUAUGGCCAUCAGAAUCAGAAUUUAAGCUUCGCUCUUUAAAGAAUUUGUCAAAACAAAUCACUUAUGAAGAAUAUAGAAAAGGACAUCUUCAAAUGAAUGUAUUCUUUGACAGAAUGGAACGUUUUAUUUAUAAUCAACAUCCUGUUUAUGAGAAGGACGAAUUUUUCAGUCAUCUUGGUGGACAGUUGAGUUUGUGGUUGGGAUUGUCACUAUUAACCCUUUUUGAAUAUUUAGAAAAAUUUUCACUCUUUUGUAUACAAGUAUAUAAAAAUUUCUCUAGAAAAUAGAUGACAGUCUUAACAUCUACAUGCAAUUAAUUUUAAGGCUUCAAAUGUCUCUAGAAUGCUAAUUUUUGUGACUGUUAUUAAUAUUAGAAUAUUUGAAAAUUCAUCAAAAUUUUAAUUACUCACAAUUUAAUUAAAUAUUUAUAAAAAUUGUUAUUUAUUUAUUUAGCAAAACAUGUACCAUAUCUACAUCUAAUAGCUACAAAUAUUUUUCUACAUAUUUGUUAUUAAUGUUGAGGAAAUCAUGAGAUAUAUAUUCGUUCAGUGAAUAGUAUU